AAUAAGCAUAAAGGCCAACUUCGUUAGCACGCAAACACAAAAUCCCAAUUUAGAAAUAAAAUGAAUACAUUCUUCGUUAAUCACACGCCUAAAGACAGCUGUUGGCAAUCAGUCUUCGCUCUCUGAAUUUCUUUCCGCGAAUCGGAGCGCCGCCUCCUCGCCGCCGUGUCCCAACUCGAACAUCUGAAAACCAGCUGCAGCCAAUAAUUUUAGAGCGAAUAAAAGGUGUUAAUAAAAUACUAGAAUAAAAAUCAUUUUCCAAUCAACUCCAUUUUUUCAACUCUCCUCAUCCCAUUGCUCUGUUAUUUCUCUUUCCACUUUACCAAACCUAAUCCUCUCUCACAAACCUACUUUCAAAAUCCAUUCUCAUUUGUUUUCUUUUAUGCAUUUUUAAAUAAUUUCUUUCCUGAACCGUUCUCGAAGUAGUCGCGUUGCUGUCCCCUCACACCCAAAAGAAUUGAUUGUUAUUUCUAACUUUUGGAAAAUUGAAAAAGCCAUAUACAACAAAGCAGCUGGUGUUCUUGAACAAGCACAUGUGGGUUUUGUCUUGAGCUGUGGAUGAAUGGUGAUAAAAUAGUGAUCGGGAAAAUAAGCAGCGAAAAUGGUGGUGCGGAAGGUCGGCAAGUACGAGGUGGGGCGGACGAUUGGCGAAGGGACAUUUGCGAAGGUGAAGUUCGCGCAAAACACGGAGACUGGGGAAAGCGUCGCCAUGAAAGUCCUCGAUCGCUCCACCAUAAUCAAGCACAAGAUGAUUGAUCAGAUAAAGCGGGAGAUAUCUAUUAUGAAGCGUGUUAGACAUCCGUAUGUUGUUCGCUUACAUGAGGUUAUUGCAAGCCGUACAAAGAUAUAUAUCAUAUUGGAGUUCAUCACGGGUGGUGAAUUGUUCGACAAAAUAGUUCACCAUGGAAGACUUAGUGAAUCUGAAGCUCGAAGAUACUUCCAGCAGCUAAUUGACGGUGUUGAUUUUUGUCACAGUAAGGGAGUCUAUCACAGAGACUUAAAGCCUGAAAAUCUGUUGCUUGAUUCCCAAGGGAAUCUAAGGAUCUCGGAUUUUGGGCUUAGUGCCUUGCCUGCAGAAGGAGUCACCCUUCUCCGCACAACUUGUGGUACUCCUAAUUAUGUUGCACCAGAGGUUCUUAGUCAUAAAGGCUACCAUGGUGCUUUAGCUGAUAUCUGGUCGUGCGGGGUCAUCCUCUAUGUUCUGAUGGCUGGGUAUUUGCCAUUUGAUGAGCUUGACUUGACGACAUUAUAUGGAAAGAUCGAUAAUGCAGAAUUUUCUUGUCCCUCAUGGUUCCCUGUUGGAGCAAAAUCCUUGAUCCAUCGGAUUUUAGACCCGAACCCUGAAACCCGCAUUCGAAUUGACGAGAUCAGAAAUGAUGAGUGGUUUAAGAAGAAUUAUAAUCCUGUCGGACUUUCAGAAACUGAAGACAUUGAUAUGGAUGAUAUUAAUGCUGCUUUUGAUGAUCCAGAGGAAGAAUUGCCUAAUGAGCAAUGUGCAAAUAAUGAUGAUAUGGGGCCGCUAAAUCUUAAUGCAUUUGACUUGAUUAUUCUUUCUCAAGGGUUAAAUCUUUCAGCCUUGUUUGAUCGCAGGGAGGAUUCCCUGAAACAUCAAACACGAUUUGUUUCUCAAAAACCGGCAAAGGUUGUCCUGUCAAGUAUGGAAGUUGUUGCACAGUCGAUGGGCUUCAAGACGCACAUUCGUAAUUACAAGAUGAGAGUCGAAGGUCUUUCUGCUAAUAGGACUUCACAUUUCUCUGUGAUAAUGGAGAUUUUUCAAGUUGCACCACCAUUCAUCAUGGUUGACAUCCAGAAAGCAGCUGGAGACGCAGAGGAGUAUCUGAAGGUUUUUCUCUUCCCCCUAUAUUUUUUUAUUUUAUUUUCAAUUUUCGACACCCAUCCUUAUGCACACCUAACUUUCUAUUUAUUGUUAAAAGGUAACACAAGAUUGAGCAUAUAUAGUUAGUUUAAAAUAUUGUUUUGUAUAUUCAGACUCAGAAUUAUUUCUUGCAGUUCUACAAGAACUUCUGUAACAACCUAGAUGAUGUUAUCUGGAGGCCGCCCGAUGAAAUGGGUAAAUCAAAGAUUACUAAGACGAAGAGUAGAAAAAGAUAAUCUCACAUUGGCAGCUAUUGUACAAUAUAGUUGUGGAGGUAAGUAAACACUUGAUGUGCAGUUCUGGAGAUUCAGCGACAUCGAUUAGUACAACGUUAACUGAAUCUGCCACCUUGUAGAGGCAACAGUAUUACUUAGGUCACAUGUGAUCCUCAUGAGCUUUUGUGUAUGGUGUUGGUGUUGGUGUUGUAGUUGAGUUUUUUUGGUUGGCGCUUUGUCGUCUGAUGUAUAGGCGUGAUAUUUGCUUCUACUGCUCAGCAUCAUAUUUGGUUGAUGCACAAGUUUAAUUGCACUUUGCAGUAUUCAUCACUA